CGUGACUGUCGCAUAAUGAACAUGCUCGCUUGUGCAUCACUUGUCAUUAGUGGAAUUGACAUUUGGAGUUUGUGACUUUUUCGGCAUUUAACAAAUCGUGAAAACAAGGCAAAAAAUAAAAGAUCAAACUGUAGAAGAAGAAGACUAAAAGAAGUUCUUUAUAUUUUUUUAUACUACUCAAUAUCGAAGCGUGAUUGAAAAAAUUCCGCAAGUAGAGCGCUAGGCGUUCGAAAUUAAACAGCAGGACAAGUUUAAGUGCAAAGUGAAGUAAAUUUGCAGGAUUUCGAUACACAGGAGGUGUUUGCCUGUGGAAGUGACCCUGAGUGCGGGCUGUCUUAACGAAAAAGUAUAGUAGAAUUACGUGCAGCUAGCGCAGUGCCGCUGUGUAGACGUCGAAGUGUUUGUCGGUGUCUAAACAGUCAAGACAAGGUCGCACCGCUGAGUAGCAUACGAAGAAGCAACGACAGGAAUCAACUAAAUUAGAUUUGUUUUACAUCGGUGCUAGAAGCAAUAAAAAAGCAUAAAACACUCGAAAUGGAUGUAUUCCUUAUGAUACGAAGACACAAAACUACAAUUUUUACUGAUGCUAAGGAGAACACAACCGUCGCAGAACUGAAGCGUAUGAUUGAAGGCAUUCUAAAGGUACGUCCACACGAUCAGAAACUAUUCAAUCAGGACAAUGAAAUGAUGGAGGACGAAAACACUUUGCAAGAUUAUGGCAUUCAGAUGUCUACGGCAAAGGCGCAAUCUCCGGCACAGUUAGGACUAGCAUUAAGAGACGAACAUGGAGAUAUCGAGCCGCUCGAAAUCACGCCAUACUCAUCACCACCAGAUCUACCUGAAGUUAUGAAAAAUCAAGAGGCAGCUAAUGGCCAAGAGCAGGUUGCAUAAGGAAAUUCAAAAAUCUAAUACAUACACAACAGCGGCAACAAAGAAAUACUGUAAUAGAACAGACCAGUCGAAAUUAAUACCACAUACAAAGGCACGCAGGAAAUGCAUAUUUUAUAUUACAAGGAUAAAAAUUAGAAACAAAAAUCGACUCAACUUUCAACUCCAGCGUUAAGUGAAUAAUUUAGUUAAAUGCUUUCUUUAAUACGAAAAUAUUACUUUUGUUAAAUGCUUAUUAUGUUAAGUAAUUUGCGCAAAUUUGAUGAUAAACAAAUCAGCAAUAACUCCAAAUUUUAAUACUGGAAAAAAUUUACGUAAUUUUUUCAAAACCUGUUUUAUUAUUAUUAUUUUUCUAACUGCAAACGCGUUUGGGUUUACGUUAAAUAAUUCAAUAAUUGACUACAAAAUUUAAAUUAAAUGAUUUCACAUCCAACGUUACAUAUUUGGCUACAUAUCCCGAAAUUGUAUGACUUGUUUUCGUGUUGAGAACUUUUUAUUAUUGUUUUUUUGUUUUUUUAAUUGCGAAUUUUGUAAAUUGUUAAAAUUAAAAAAAUAAUUUUUAAAUAAG